CAUUUACGUCAACUUUGAGCGACAAAAAAACGUCCUCAAAACAAACUCCCAAAAAGUCUUCCGAAGCCGAAGUUGAGGAUAACUGUUCACGUAGUUCGUUGAGCUUGACUGCCGAACUGAUUUACAUUGAAUGGCGUUGAGUUUCACGUCGUCUAAGGCCGUGACUUUAAAUCAAAUAGACUGAAUGUUGCUGUUUCAAAUUUCGCGCUGUUUGCUCCGCCUGUGAAAAGAGAUUAGUCGGUUAGCCCGUUAGCUAGCCAUGCUACUGCAAACUGGGGCAGCAACAGUAAGUUAGCGUUAAGUAAGGGAGAUAUUCCUGUUUCUCAUAUUUAUUACGAGUCUCUUACAAACGUCUUAACAUGGAGGUGACGGACAUCGGAAACAAAGAAGAAGGGAAAGUCUGGCAUCGAAAACCAACAGCAGGAAAGGGUGUGUUGGUGACGGUGGUCCGCACUGCUCAGCAGGCCAAGGCGGUGCAUUUCCUCCAUGUGGCCUUUGACACCACAGGAGACACCUUCCUGGCAGGGGAUCACCAUGGCAACAUCUAUGUGUUUGACAUCAGUAGAAACAGAUUUUGUUUGGUGCAGAAGACGGGACAGGCAUGCACUGCUCUGGCAUUCAGCCUCCGCAGGACCACAGAGUUCCUUGUGGCUCUGGCUGACAACACCAUCAAGUGCUUUGACAAAGACACAAAGCAGCUGGUCAGUUGGAUGCGAGGUCAUGAGGGAGCAGUUUCAUCCAUCUCUGUCCACAGCUCUGGUCGCUACGCCAUCAGCACCUCAUUGGACACAGCUCAGCUCUGGGAUCUGGACACCUUCCAAAGGAAGAGGAAGCUCAACAUCAAACAGUCUGUUGGCAUUCAGAGGGUGUUUUUCCUGCCUCUCAGUAACACCAUCCUCAGCUGUUUCAGUGAUGACUCCAUCUUUGCUUGGGAGAGCGACACACUGUUCUGCAAAUAUCAGCUACCGGUCCCCGACCGCGGACCCAAAAUCUCCUACAAGGCCUUCGCUGUCACACGUGAUGGUAAGAGCCUUGCUGCUGGUGGGCGCUCCAACCUGCUCCACCUGUGGUGUCUGGACAGCAGACAGCUGGUCAGGGUGAUUCAGAUGCCCACCCAGGUCCGAACCGUGCGACAGCUGGAAUUUCUGCCUGACAGCUUUGACGGAGGAGCCAGCCAGACGCUUGGUGUACUGAGCCAGGACGGCAUGAUGCGCUUCAUCAACAUUCACACCUGCAAGCUGCUCUUCCACAUGGGUUCCCAUGACAACGCAAUCACCACAGUGACGGUCAGCCCCAACGGCCGACAUGUUGUGGCCAUCAUGGAUAACGGCAGUAUCAAUGUCUACAGCGUUCAGAGUCUCACCCAGGAAUUGAACAAGCCUCCUCCCUCCCAAGUGGCAGUAGUAUCUGGCAGUGAUGCCGAUCAGGAAUUGUCUAACCUGAAGGUCAAAGUCAGGUCAGAGGUCGUUCAGAGACCAGCUAAGAGCUCAGGGAGGCGGACACAGGUGAAGAUACUCAGACCCCCUGCUGGGUCAACAGCUGAGGAUAAAGAGAAUGAACUGCCUGCUGGUCUGAACAAGAAGAGACUGGUGGCUCUGCUCAAGGCUUUUGGAGAAUAUCCUGCUAAAUACAGGAUGUUUGUAUGGCGGUCUUUGUUGUGUCUCCCAGAGAACCACGCGUCAUACAGCAGCCUGACUGACAAAGGACUGCAUUCAGCCUACCUCACUCUGCAUGAUAAAUAUCCAAUCAAAAGUCACAAGCUGCAGAGGGGACUGCAGAGGGUUUUGUCUGCCUUAGCUCACUGGGCAGCCAUCUUUGGGGAGGUGGAGUACCUUCCCUUGAUAGCCUUCCCUUUCGUCAAGCUCUUCCAGAACAACCCAAUGCUCUGCUUCGAGGUGGUGGCCACUGUCAUAGUGAACUGGUGUCAGCACUGGUUUGAGUACUUCCCCAACCCUCCUCUGAACAUCCUGAGCAUGGCAGAGAACGUUCUGGCCCAUCACGACAAGGAGCUGCUGCAGCACCUGGUGGACUGUGGCAUCACCUCACAGCUGUAUGUGUGGCCCCUGCUGGAGACGUUGUUCUCAGAGGUUUUGACUCGUGAUGAGUGGCUCCGACUCUUUGACUCGAUCUUCUCCAACCAUCCUUCAUUCCUGCUCAUGGCCUGCGUGGCCUACAUCACCUGCUGCCGCGAGCCUCUCCUUCUGUGCUCCCAGAAACAGGACUUUGAGUAUUUCUUCCACCACCGUAACAACCUGGAUGUCGCUGCCAUGAUAAAGGAGGCCUAUCGGCUCAUGGGGAGCACACCAGCCGACAUCCAUCCCAGGACUAUGCUUUCUGACUUUACGCCACUGACCAAAGGCCAGUACCCUGUGUUUAACCAUUACCCAGAAUUCAUUGUGGAAUACCAGAGUCGGGAGAGGGAGAAGAUACGACUGCAGGAGAUGGAAUAUCUCCGUGAGAGGCAGGAGGUGUCAGCCAUGCGUGCGGAUUUUGUGCGUCGACAAGCUGAAGAGGAGGCUUGUUAUGCGCAACAGGAGCUGCUGCAGAAAGCAGAGGAACAGCGCAGAAACAUCCUGGCACAAGAAGAGGAAAAACUAACACAGCAGAGGGCAAAGUUGGCAGCCAUGAAGAGAGAGCUGAAGGUGAAGGAGAUACAGCUGCUGGAUGCAACCAGAAGCCGUUUCUUCAAAAACCAGCAGGACCUGAAGGCCUCGCAGAUCCAAGAGCUAGAGCAGGAGAUCAGCAGGAAGAUGGAUCUGCGGGAGCGAGAAACAGCUGCAGCAGUUCAGGAUCUAGAAGUCAGACAGAUGGAGCUGGAGGCUCAGAGGAAGCGGCUUGAACAGCACCUGUUGAAGGAGCAGGUGCGCAUGGGACAGGAGGUUGAGAAGGAAGUGGGGAUGAGGACGAGGACGGCGGAUAGAGAGCAGGGGAGCUACACAGACCUGCUACACAGCAGCCAGGCAAACAUGCAGGCCUUGGAGGAGUCCCUGGCGGAGGCGUGCCAGCUGGGCCUGGAGUCAGACUGGCAGAGAGAGGUGGCGGAGCGCCUGCAGCAGGUGGAUGCGGAGCAGGAGAGGAAGAGGGAGAGACUGGCAGAGCUUCACAGGCGAACCUUGGCAGAGGAGGAGAGACUGGCUGACACUGUGAGAGAUGUGGCAGGAAGGAAGUGGGAUGAAGUGAUGAGUGCCAGAGCUCAGUUACAAGAGCAGCAGCGGCCCCUGACUUCGGAAGAUGCAGACGGCCAGAGACAGACAAGGCCACUGUGUUUGACCAGAGGACUUCCUCUUAGACACAGUGCCUCCGCUGCCGUCUCUGUUGGAACCAGCACCGGCGGUCCAACAGCGAGACUCAACUGUGCCACCUCUCCAAAGCAGGCAGGAACCAACAUGGUGUGUCUGAACAGCAGUUCACCUUCAGAGAGCACCUCCACCAACUUUUCUCUGGACCGAGGCCGAGCCCAGCUAGACAGCAGCGAAAGAGAACUGCUGAAGGAAAUCCGAGAGCUGAGGCAGAAGCUUGCAGCCAGAGCCAACGAGGGCAGCUCUGCAUCCUCACAGUCUGUCCACGCACUGUCCUCUGUCUCUCAGUGACCACAGCUCCGUCUUCAGAGUCAGAAAAACAUCUUUCAUCCCUGGCGAGCCAGGACAACAGAAGCAGUGACUCAGACUGGGGGGCAUUUUCUUUUAUCUGUCUUGUCUUAUAUUUUUUCAAGUGCUCACAUACCAGCUCUCCUGAGCUGAUCAUUAACCAUAAAUUCUUAAUGCAACCAGAAUCAAAGUAGUUAACUGUACAACAUCAACUGCUAUCUCAUGAAAACCAUCUCCUCCAAAAACCAUAUAUAUUUCCUUUAAUGCUUGGAUGAGUUCUCAAAUGACAUUCCUCCAAGGAUCUCCCCUCUGAAUUUGUUAUCUGACCACCUUCUACUUAAUGUUCAGUUGUAUAUAUUCAUGUUUUUUUUU